UCUUAACCUAACAACAAUAACAGUGUUUUGUUUUCGUACAGUGUUAUUAUAUUAGUGUUUGUUAAUGUUAAUUAGCUAAAUAUCAUAAGUUAAAAGUGUACCAUAAGUUAUUAAAAGGAGCUUUAGAUUCACCAAAAGUUUAGUGUUUCGGUAAAGAUAAGAUUUGUACAUUCUGCAUGUUAAAACAAUGGAUCCGUUUCAAGCUAAAAAGGCAAAAGCAGAAUCAGUGGUGAAACUUAACCUCAACCUAGAAGAACGUGUGUUUUAAAACUUUAUUUAAGUUACAAUGUUACGCAGACAAGCGCGUUUACGACGAGAAUAUCUUUACCGAAAAACUGUUGAAGACAGGCAAAAAAGUAUACAAGAGAAAAAAGGUCGAAUUAAAAAAAGUUUGGAAGAAAACAUUCCAAUUCAUGGAGACUUACAAAAAAAAGCCUUGCAUUAUUCAAAAAAACUCGAAUGGGAAGAUGAAGGACCCGAAGCUGCUGCAGUGCUCGGAGGUGAAAGUGGAGGAGCACUUGCGGACUCUCAAGAUGAUGAGUAUAGGUAUGCAGGAGUUGAAGAUCCUAAAAUAGUGAUAACCACAUCUAGAGAUCCUAGUUCAAGACUAAAAAUGUUUAUAAAAGAACUAAGACUUAUAUUUCCAAAUGCUCAACGUAUGAACAGGGGUAACUAUGAAAUGAAACAGCUUAUUCAUGCCUGUCGUGCAAAUGAUGUUACUGAUUUUAUAAUUGUGCACGAGCAUAGAGGUGAGCCAAAUGGUCUUAUUGUUUGCCAUUUGCCUUAUGGUCCCACAGCCUAUUUCACAAUGACAGAUGUAGUUAUGAGACAUGAUAUACCAGAUAUUGGUACAAUGUCAGAACAGUAUCCACACUUAAUUUUUCAUAACUUUAAAACUAAAUUGGGUCAGAGAGUUAUGAAUAUAUUGAAAUACUUAUAUCCUGUUCCAAAAGAGGACUCAAAAAGAGUUAUUACUUUUGCAAAUCAUGAUGACUAUAUUAGUUUUAGACAUCACACCUAUAAAAAGGUUGAUAAAAAGAUUGAAUUAAGUGAGGUAGGACCACGGUUUCAGUUGAAAUUGUAUGAAAUUAAACUUGGAACACUGGACAAUAUUGAAGCCGCAAAUACAGAAUGGGCAUUUAGGCCAUAUAUGAACACUACUUACAAACGAAGAUUUCUUAGUGAAGAAGAUGGAUGGAAACCAGAAAUAUGAUUUUUAUACUCAAAUACUUAUCUUUAAUUUUAACAUAUCUUUUUAAAUAUAGAAUUAAAACAAACAAGUUAAUUUUUCUUCAAAAAAUGCUGUUAAUAAUAAUAACUUCUAUAAACAUUUUACAGGUGUUUUACAAUUUAUUAGUAUUUGUUUAAACUUCACAAGUUUCAAAUGAAUUCAUAUUCAUUUAAUAUUACUUUA